CGCAUACGCUGUCCUGUGGCCGGAGGCUCCCUAGGUUAGCGGAAGGGUUUGCCGAGGUACCCAGAACUGUUUCCAAGGUUUCCGCGGAUUUGGGCGGUUGCGCGGAGGUCGCUUCUAGGAGCCAAGGCAACCGAGAUCUUCCCAGGCUGGCAAGGGCGCCCCCUUGUCCCGCGGCUUCGGGAAUCCGGCGGCAGCAAUGGCUCCGGUGUCUGGCUCACGUACCCCGGAGCGGGAGGCCUCGGGCUCCGGGGGAAAGCGUCGCAGUCUGUCGAGGAGCCCCAAGCCCACCAGAGCCGCCCGCUCCCCGCGGAGCCACCACUCUCGCUCACACUCUAGCUCUCGGUCCGGCGACCGGAAUGGCCUCAGCCAAAGCUCCCGAAACCAGCCCUACCGCUCCCGCUCGCGGUCUCGCUCUCGAGAGCGGCCUUCUGGGCCCCGUGGCACUCCCUUCGCGUCUGCCACUUCGUCCGGCUAUUACGGCGGCUACUCGCGCCCCUAUGGGAGCGACAAGCCGUGGCCCAGCCUCCUGGACAAGGAGAGGGAGGAGAGCCUGCGGCAGAAGAAACAGAAUACACCUAUUGACUUAAUUUGCAUGCCCAUAUCUUCCAGAAGAUUAAGUGAGAGAGAGAGGAUUGGAGAAUUGGGAGCUCCUGAAGUAUGGGGACUUUCUCCAAAGAACCCUGAACCCGAUUCUGAUGAACAUACACCAGUAGAGGAUGACGAGCCAAAGAAAAGCACUUCUUCAGCUUCUACUUCAGAAGAAGAAAAAAAGAAAAAGAAGAAGUCUGGUCGUUCUAAAGAAAGGUUGAAGAAAAGGAGGAAGAAAAAAUCAUCCAAAAGAAAACACAAGAAGUAUUCUGAUGACAGUGACAGUGACUCUGAUUCUGAGACAGAUUCUAGUGAUGAAGAUACAAAAAGGAGGGCAAAGAAAAACAAGAAAAAGGAAAAGAAGAAGAAGCACAGAUCGAAGAAAUACAAGAAAAAGAAGUCUAAAAAGAAUAGAAAAGAGAGCAGUGAUUCAAGCUCUAAAGAUUCCCAAGAAGAGUUUCUGGAGAAUCCCUGGAAGGAUCGAUCAAAGCCUGAAGAACCUUCAGAUUUAAUUGGACCAGAGGCUCCAAAAACACUUGCCUCUCAAGAUGAUAAACCUUUGAAUUAUGGCCAUGCUCUGUUACCUGGUGAAGGUGCAGCUAUGGCUGAAUAUGUGAAAGCUGGAAAACGUAUCCCACGAAGAGGUGAAAUUGGCUUGACAAGUGAAGAGAUUGCAUCAUUUGAAUGCUCAGGUUAUGUAAUGAGUGGUAGCAGGCAUCGCCGAAUGGAGGCUGUACGACUGCGAAAAGAGAACCAGAUUUAUAGUGCUGAUGAGAAGAGAGCCCUUGCAUCCUUUAACCAAGAAGAGAGACGAAAAAGAGAAAACAAGAUUCUGGCCAGCUUUCGAGAGAUGGUAUACAGAAAGACCAAAGGGAAGGAUGACAAAUAAGGAUUUUCUAAUUAUUCAGCAGACAUUUUUAACAACAAAAAAACAAAAGUUUGGUUUCCACACAUACACAAAAAGGUUAUUAUAUUCUGAAAGAGCUUUACAGUUAUACUGUGCCUUCUAUUUAAUUCUUUCAGUCCUUCAGUAAAAAGCUGCUUAUUAGUAUAACUUUAACAAGUUCUUUGGGUUAUUUCGAAUUGACCAUAACUUUCUGAUUUGAAAAUCCAAAUUAUGGAUGAGAUCCUACUGUACUGGAGGAGGUGCCAUGGGGAGAAAGUGUCAAUGAGAUGAGAAACUUAAAUCUUAUAUUAUGGGACAGUGCUACUAUUAACUCUCCAUGACACCUGCCUUACCCCCUCAACUGAACUUGUGAGAAAUUAUUAUUCCUCUGUUUUGAAUGCGUUAUAAAUGGACUUGACAGAAACAUACAGGAGACCACUUUUGUUAACAAAAUGAAGGCAUUGCUGAAAAAGGCAAAUCUGGAAUUUGAAAAUUGACUUUUAUAAUAUAUAUAUAGUCUUCUAUAAAAGUAAUGUAUUUUGCUUUUAGUCCCUACCUCUGCCACAAGACCAACAAACCAAAAAAGCAAACUAACCCACAGACUUGUUGAAUUGAAAAUGUGAACAUUUAAAAAAAUUAUAAGUUACUUAAAAACAGUAUUUUUAAUAAGUUACUUAAAAACAGUUCUUUCAAAUAUAAAAUCUUGGGAAGUCUACAUUUGUGCCAAUGUUAAGUACAUUAUUUCGAUAUAAGCUGUGCUUUGAUGAUAGGGUAAAAUCUCAGAAGAAUGGGAGUCAACUAUGGUCAGGAGUUUGAUACGGGAAAAUAUAAUGGAUCAGUAUUUUUACUUAGUUUCAUAAGGUUGAAACUAAAAUGAUAUUAAGACGUUUUUAAGUCUGUCCUUUAUGUAAUAAACAGAUUUUAUUUUAAAAAUUGUUAAACCAUUCAAUUUAUUUUUUAUAACUGUCAUUUAGUUUAAUCUUUAAUGUUGUAUAGAAUCCCCUUUAUCACUUUUUUAUGGCUAUGAUUGACUUUUAAGUUUGGGAGAAAUAGAAAAUACAGGUUAUGAAACCACCAUCUUUUUUCUUUCCUGUUUUGUUCAAUUUUAGCUAGGUCAAAGAGUAGAGGGAGAGGAGGCGGUAGAAGUUUUGCCUGUUUUUGUUAAGGUUGUUUUGAGCUACACUAUUGUUACAAGCCUAGGACAAAUUUAAAUUACAUGGGUGAUGGGGAAGUUCUGACUAUGCUGUUAUAAAAUGCCCUUUCUCCUUAUAAGAAUUUAAAGUGGUUUUUUUUCAGAGUUUUUAAAUAAGGCAGUCAUAUUUCAAAGUAUAGAUCAAAAGUUUUACUCUUUAGCAUAUGUUCCAGGAAAAUGUCUACCUUUAAUCCACAGCUAAUGAACUAAACAACCAGUAAACGUGUAGCAACAUUUGUGACCUCUGAAUGUGAAGUGAUUUAUAUUAUCUCUACCUAAAAUUCAAGCCUCAAGUCGCAAAAUAGAAGGAUUCUGUGGGCAAAACGGAAGCCCUCGUGGCACAGUGAUUAAGUGCUACGGCUGCUAACCAAAGGGCCGGCAGUUCAAAUCCACCAGGCGCUCCUUGGAAACUCUAUGGUGCAGUUCUACUCUGUCCUAUAGGGUCGCUAUGUGUCAGAAUCCACUCGACAGCACUGGGUUGGGUAUGGGCAAAAUAUUGAACAAUGCAGGAAGCAUCAAAAGAAGAUGGAAGGAAUAUACAAAGUCACUGUACAGAAACAGUUGGUCGACGUUCAGCCAUUUCAGGAGGCAGCAUAUGAUCAACAGCUGAUGGUACUGAAGGAAGAAGUCCACGCUGCACUGAAGACAUUGGGGAAAAACAAGGCUUGGGGAAUUGACAGAAUACCAAUUGAGAUGUUUCAACAAAUGGAUGCAACGCUGGAAGUGCUUGCUCAUCUAUGCCAAGAAAUUUGGAAGACAGCUACCUGGCCAAUCGACUGGAAGAGAUCCAUAUUUGUGCCCAUUCCAAAGAAAGAUGAUCCAACAGAAUGUGGAAAUUAUCAAACAAUACCAUUAAUAUCAUGCAAGUAAAAUUUUGCUGAAGAUCAUUCAAAAAUGGUUGCAGCAAUACCUCAACAGGGAACUGCCAGAAAUGCAAGCCAAAUUCAGAAGAGGACAUGAAAUGAGGGAUAUUAUUGCUGAUAUCAGAUGGAUCCUGGCUGAAAGCAGAGAAUACCAGAAAGAUGUUUGCCUGUGUUUUAUUGACUGUGCAAAGGCAUUCAACUGCAUGGACCAUAAAAAUUAUGGAUAACAUUGCAAAGAAUGGGAAUUCCAGAGCAUUUAAUUGUGCUCAUGUGGAACCUGUACAUAGACCAAGAGGCAGUCGUUUGAACAGAAGAAGGGGAUACUCUGUGGUUUAAAAUCAGAAAAGGUGUGUGUCAAGGUUGUAUCCUUUUACCAUACUUAUGCAAUCUGUAUGCUGAGCAGAUAAUCAGAGAAGCUGGACUAUAUGAAGAAGAAUGUGGUAUCAGGAUUGGAGGAAGACUCAUUAACAACCUGCAAUAUGCAGAUGACACAACCUUGCUUGCUGGAAGUAAAGAGGACUUGAAGCACUUACUGAUGAAGAUCAAAGACUAUAUGUAGCCUUCAGUAUGGAUUGCACCUCAGCAUAAAGAAGACAAUCCUCACAACUGGACCAAUAAGCAACAUCGUGAUAAAUGGAGAAAAGAUUGAAGUCGUCAAGGAUUUCAUUGUACUUGGAUCCAUAGUCAACACCCAUGGAAGCAGCAGUCAGGAAAUCAAAUGAAGUAUUAUAUUGGGGAAAUCUGCUGCUGAAGACUUCUUUAAAGUGCUGAAAAGCAAGGAUGUCACUCUGAGGUCUAUGGUGUGCUUGACCCAAGCUAUGGUAUUUUCGAUCACCUCAUAUGCAUGCAAAAGCUGGACAGUGAAUAAGGAAGACUGAAGAAUUGACACCUUUGAAUUACAGUGUUGGCAAAGAAUAUUGAAUGGACCACAACCUGCCAGAACGUUCUAAGAAGUACAGCCAGAACGUUCCUGAGAAGCUAGAAUUGUGAGGAUGGUGGAGGACUGGGCAGUGUUUUGUUCUGUUGUUCAUCGAGUCGCUAUGAGUCAGAACCAACUCAACAGCACUGACAACAACAUACCUAACGAUAGUUACUGCCUAGGCUAAUAAAUCUAUAGUUUCCAAAAGUUAAGCAGAAACUAGGUCCCAAACUCAUGAGUCUGAAGCCAUCUACUUCCCUGUAUGAUCUAAAUUUUGUAAUCCCUAUUUAAAAUUUUUCUUCUCUACAAGUAUUUUUGUCACUGAUUCCUAAAGACUGAGUUAGCAAAUUUCUCUUCUGUUCAGUAGGCAAGGUAGUUUAAAUGUAACAAUUUUGUGGUAUAUGAACGUUGUGAAUUUUCAUUUGAUUGCCCCAACUCUCUCCUCCACAGAGUAGAUACUCGACAAAUGCUUAUUGAGUAAAUGAAAGAAAAAGAUUGAAUUUAUUUCAAAACUUUACCAUUUCUUUCAUCAGAGCUUGUUAGGGAAAGAUCUGCUGAAGAACAGGCUUCAGUAGCAUAUUCUUUGGGGAAGAAGAGGGAAGAGUAAAAGCGCUUAAAGUAUUUUAUUUUUGGCUCAUGAGAGUUACUGCUUAGUAACCUGUGUUUAGUCCCCAGAGCCAUAAAUCAAAUAGUAGGACUAUUGUAUUUUAAAUACAUUUUUUGUUCUCCAAGGAGAGUUAGCUGAUUUCCCACCUUCUUGUCUCUCUAUGUUGCUUUGAUUGGAUUUUCCCUCCUGUUUUAUAUUUAUUGCAUAAAUGUAAGUUUAAGAAAAUAGAAAAAUUACUCACAGCCCUACCUGCCUAACAUCAAUUAUUUUCAGGAUUUUAUGUUCCUUUCCAGUGUUUGUCUAUGUAAAUAU